AUGUCGGGCGGUCCGCAAGUCUCCGGCGAUCCUCCGCCGGCUGUUGAAGGCGAUGACGAACCAGCCGCCUCUGACCAAGGGGUGUCCGUUGGUAGUGAGCGACACCUACCAGUGGGUGAUGAGUGGGAUCACUACGACCACUCGAACGAUGACGGGUGGUGGGAAUCCGGCGCUAGUUGGGGAGACUGGUCCUGGAAUAGAACCCGCUACACCGGCGACCAUGAGCGAAGAGCGAGUUGGGCUACAACUUGGGAUGCCUACAGCACAGACGCAUCGUCGCGUCACGGCGGCUCGUGGGGAACGGGCCAUGGCUAUGACGACCAGUACGAGUACGGCGAGGGCGAGCACGACUACCGAGCCGGCCGAGGCGAUUAUGAAGGAGUUUGGCGUGAUCCCUGGGCGGAUGGUCGAGCCAGACUCCAUGGAUGGCACGAUUCACCGGCAGAUGAUCGUAAUUCCCGCCUCCACACCUCGGGCGGUGGCAGCAAAGGGAAUCCCGUGUGGAGUGGAUGGCGCCACUUCUCCCAAGGCGACGACGGUUCGCAGCAUGGCACCAACGAGGUCAACGGCACCAAAGGAGGAAAUCAAAGGCCUUCCGAGAAGCUGUCAGUGCCUACUUUUGGGGGCGGAGAUGACGAAGACGUUGGGACCUCUGCCCGGUCCUACCUACGACAAGUUGAAGCUUGGCGGCGCUUGACCUAUCUACCUCCAGGCCAACAAGGAUUGGUGUUGUAUCGUCACUUGACUGGAAAAGCCUGGGUUGCGGCGGAAGAGCUGAAUGUCGACGCCUUGAGUCGCGAUGACGGGGUGCACUACCUGAUGAGUUGGCUUCGCAACAGGUACCUCGACCUGGAAGUCACGCGAAUCGGGAAGGCCUUGUCGGAGAUGUUCAGGAAGCUGCGCCGGAAACCUGGGCAGUCGAUACGAGACUACAAUGCUGAAUAUGACCGCUUGUAUGCCAGGCUGAAAGAAUUAGAAGACGGUGCUGAGUUGAACCUUCUGGCGAGUGUUGGGAACGUCUACUCGUUGUGCAAGCUCCAGAAGGCCGCCAUCAUCCAGGACCGGGGACUGCGGAAGCCUUCGGAGUCCUCUGCUGGCAAAGGCGGGCGGAAACCAUACACCGCCCACGUGACCGACAACCCCGAUAACGAGGACUCGGAGCGCGAAGCCCCUGAGGAUGAUGAGGUUAUGCCAGAGGAGGUCGCUGUUGCAUAUGUCACCUACCAGUCGGCCAAGAAUAAGUACAAGGAACACAGCAAGGCACGUGGAUUUCGAGGAGACGUCGGAGCCGGCGAUGGCGGGCGAGUCGGCAACAAGCCGAGCGACCCGGCAACGAACAGCGCGAAGGUCCGCGAGGACAAGUUGAAGCAGAUCAAAGCCAGGUCCUUCUGUUCUGGGUGCGGGAGAAGAGGACAUUGGCACAAAGAUGAAGAAUGUCCCAACAACGCCAAUGGCGGCGGUGGCUCCGGCGGUAAGACCGCCACUCCUCCCCGCGAGGUGUGCGUCACCAUGCCAGCUGAGGUCAUGACGGUGAAGCAUGUGAGCGGGCUUCUCUUGGGCAUUACGGACACUGCCUGCUCCCGAACGGUCGCAGGAACUCAGUGGCUGCAGGAGUACAUGGAUCGCAUCGGCGAGGACGGUGCCCAGCCCGAGCUCUCGAAGGAGUGUGAAGCCUAUAAGUUCGGGACGGGUCGCAUCCACUAUUCGUCGUUCAGUGUGAUCCUCUCCUUCUCUCUCGGUGAUAAGGUUGUGCAGCUUCGGGCUUCGAUCAUCCCGGGUGAUGUUCCCUUGUUGCUGUCGAAGACGGUCCUUGCCAAAAUGGGGAUGAUCUACGAUGUCUCUGUUGGAUGUGCAGAUUUCACGCAGGUUGGAUUGACGAACUUCAAGUUGCUCUCCACUGCAUCCGGGCACCCAGCCAUUCCCAUUGUGCCUGCGAAACCGGCCAAUGGAUUCAACUCAGUGCUGCCAGUCGAAGAUGUGAGCUUGGAGCCCCGCGUGCAAUACACGGUCCAUGCAGUUGCGUAUGCCGGUGUUAAGUCCCACAACCUCUACAACCUGUACUAUGAGAAGAAACUUUCCCCAGAAGCUAAGGUCAUGCUCACCUCAACUCACCUUUGCCGUGAUUCGUUCAUGUCCUGGUGGAAGCAGUGUGAGGUCGGAGGUGCACGGAAGCUGUGUGUUGCAGUUCUGAACGAUGGCUUGAAAGCGACAGUGUUGAGCAAAGAGCACCCGCCCUCAGACAUUCCGCUCCGCGCCUCCGAUGGACAGCGCAGCAUGCACUCCGCCUACGGCAAUCAGCAAGAUGACGAAGCCGCGGUGAUCAUGGAACACAGGGAGUCCCAGAAGGCCCAGGACGCGAGCGAGCGGAUGAAGCGCCUCUCCCAUCUCAACAUGGACGAGUUGAAGGUGAAGGCCAGAGAACUGGAUGUCGAUUUCCCGGACCGUGUGACGAAGGGAAAUUUGCUACGUCUUGUGAGGGACUCCAUCAACACCCCGGACAACGAGCUGAUGAAGAUCGGAAAGCACAGGGGAAUGGAGUUCCGAGAAGUCCCGUGGCAGUACGGGAGAUGGGCAAGCAACGAGGUGAAGAACUCUCGCAAUGCCGAUCCCGACCUCGUCCGCUACGCGCAAUGGUGGGACAGGAACGAGGAGAAGAAGCGCGGCUACGUGGAGAGCAAGGACGAGACGAGCCGACGAGCGAUGCCGCCGACGACCUCCUCGGACACGGGAUCAUGGGCAACGGUGCCGAGCCAUGUCUGGGAGACCGCUUGGGACCCCAAAACUUCGAGUCCCAAGAGUCACGCCUGGGAGACUGCGUGGCCGGGAGCGCAGCCGCCUCCGAGUCCGGAGCAACAGCUCCCGGUGGCGCCUCGGGCUACUCCAUCGAGUUCGAAGCGGCAGUCCCCCAAGGAGACCAAGGACCUCAUGGAGGACGAGAUGGACGAGGAGACCGCCGAGGAGAUCAAGAAGCUCGAGCUACGCCUGGCAGUCUUGAAGGUUCCGCACGAGGGAUGUUGCGGGGCUGCCGUUGUUUUUGAAGACUUUAUCGUCGACGGCGACCUUGCAAAGGCCCUCCACGACAAGCACCACGUUUUCGCCACCGAGAAUGCUGAAAGGGAUUGCGGAGAUCUUCCUCAUGGAGAACGGCUCGCCAAAGUAGCUCUUGGGCGAGCCGACUUCAGCUUCGCGACCCUCCAAGACAUCCUCGAACAAUCCGAGCUCAAACCCCGCCGAAACGAUCGAGGUGAUCCGUUUCGGGCCGACGGCAACAACCGCCACGCCUAUUUCACCUUCGGGCUCUUCACUCACGGCGGAAUGCAGGGCAUCACCAAGGUGACGAUUGAGCGGCCGAACCUGAGCCGUUACUUGAACGCCUUCGCAGCCUCAAAGCUCGAGCCUGGAGACACCUGGACAUCGGUCACCGUCGCCAAGGACGUGACCGCCGGAAUCCAUCGGGACUACAACAACCUCAAAGGUAGCACCAAUCACUCUUGUAGUUUCGGCCAGAGUGCAGGAGGAGAAUUGUGGGUUGAAGACAAGGACAUCAACGAGUCCGACACGCAGAAGGCCGGGCUAACAUGGAAGCGAAGCUCUGGAGGCGCCUGGCUACCCGGUCGCCUGCAAUCCACGAAGGAGGCUUUCUUCUCCUUCGACCCGCACUGUUACCAUUCGAGCUGUGAUUGGGAAGGCAGCAGAUGGAGUAUGACCUACCACACCACCCGCGGGAUCCUCAAGGUCGGGAAAGACUGCUGCAAGGUUCUGAGGAGGUUCGGAUAUCAGCUGCCCAGACGCCGCGAAGUUGCCGAACCCCCUGUGUCGAGGCGCCCGAAGAAGAGCGUCAGGAACAACCUCGCCAACACGGCUGCGAGGCUGAGCGUGAUGAUGACCACGCUACUAUGUGCAGCCGGGUCCUUCAUGAAGGAGCAGCUACCCAGUGUGCAGUACGACCCCAUUGUGAUGUUUGAGAUCGGUGGGAUCGAUGCUACGUAUGAGGCGGUGCAGUUGGGCAAGGCCGUCAUCGAGCCGAUGAGCUGGGAAGACUACGGCAACGCAGAUCGGCGCGAGGACGCCGUGCACUUCGUGAGGGCCGUGAACCCCAAAGAGCUCCGCAUCAACCUCGGCGGGAUGACCAACGACUACCAGAAGGAGAUCAUCGAGCUCACCCGAGAACAGGUGAUCGGAGGAGGAAGUGUUGUGUUUCGUGGCGGUGAUCCCAGCUUCGUCCUCAAGGAGUUCGCGAGCUACCUACUUUGGAGCUACAGUGAUGUGGAAGGAGAGAGAUGGGUCGGCUUUGGCAAGACCACCCAUGGGAAACAACAACUUGGAGAUCAUCGCCGACCUCAUCAAGUCUUCGUCGCCGAGGGAAAGGAAGAAGGCCCCGACAAGAAGAGGGAGAUGAGACAUGAUGGCAGCGCCAUCACGUUCGAGGCCGGUGUGAGCCCCCUCAUCCAGAGCUCCCUUCGGAUGUACGACUUCAACGACUGCGUCGGCGCCGACUUGCUUCACCACCAUGAUGUUGAUGACGUUCGCCACACCUUCCUCUCGAUUGUCGACUGGGGCACGUCGUACCACAUUGCUGUGCCACUGUCAGGUUUCGACAGCGAGGACAUCGAGAAGGCCUUCAAUGACCACUGGAUAGUACCGUUUGGGCCUCCUAAGACGGUGUCCCUGGACCUCGACGGCGGCGUACAAAAGGGGAUUUGCCGACUGUGUGAUUGGCACAACAUCACGGUGAAGAAUGUAGCAGCGCAAGCCCAUUGGCAAGCCGGCAUCACAGAGAGACAAGGAGCAUGGUGGAAGAACAUUUGGGAUCGAGUACGGCACGAUCUUUCCAUCACCGCCGACGAGGUGUCGCUUGCAGCGAGUUUGGUGUCAAGCGCAAAGAAUGAACUACGGCGAAGGUGUGGCCACAGCCCCACCGAGUGGGUCUUCGGUCGGCACCCGCGACUACCAGAAGACCUCAUCGACCCCGACAGCGGCGAGAAGGUCACUUGGGAUGUUACCCCCGAGAGUCGAUACCAACGAGCCAUGGCGAUUCGCACAGCAGCAAGGCUCGCCUUCCAUCAUUCUCAAGGUGACAGCCGCUUGAGGAAGGCAUUGCUCCAGAGGGCCAGGACAACGACCCGGCCUAUGGAAGUUGGAGAAAGCGUUCACUUUUGGGAUCAACCCAAGAACCGCAGACGAGGUCGUUGGGCGGGGCCAGCUGUAGUUGUCGGGAGAGAAGGCCAGAACUACUGGAUUUCAAGGAAUGGUCGCUGUCGUCUCACUGCUGCAGAACAUCUACGUCCUUCCGGACCCGAGGAAGUCGGGGAAUAUCUACGCGUCAAAGGUGCCCAGGCCGAGGUUGAGAAGCUACUCGAGAUGGACUUUGACGCAGAGGAGACCUACGAGGGCGAAAAGUUGCGUGUCGAGGAGGAGAUGGAGCUCGGUAGCGACGACCUCAUGGACGUGAACGACCACCUCUCAGACUACUCGCCUAGCGAAGCGGAAGCAGCAGAGGCAAUCCCCAUCGCGGCCCCGCCACCACGGAGAUUGAAGAGGAAGACAAGACCUGAAGACAUCGACGUUGACCAGAACGCAGCCAACGAGGCCUACUUCUCCAAGAAAGAGCUCACCCAGCGCGGCGUUGAAAAGCGCCAAGAGAAGGAGCUCAGAUGGGCGGAGAUCCCCGCUGAGGCCCGUCACCAGUUCAAAGAAGCCGAGGAAACCCAGUGGCGUGAACACCUCGACUUCGACGCCUUGGAACCACUCAGCGUCGAGGAGAGCGACCGUAUCAGGAAUGAGAUCGACAGCUCUCGGAUCCUCCGCUCUAGAUGGGCGUACAAGGACAAGAACUGGUCCAAGCGCAGAGCUGAUGGAGCCACCCCAUGGAAGUGCAAGGCGAGGUUGGUGAUAGCUGGGCACACUGACCCAGAUCUGGUCAACGGGCUAUCCACCGACGCACCCACCUUAUCUCGCCCAGGUCUGAUGUGUUUGCUUCAACGACUUGCAAACGGACUUGGAGAUGUUGAUCGUUGGAAGGCCAGUGCCGGAGACAUCCGAUGUGCCUUCUUGACCGGCGGAUAUCUUCAGCGAAAAGAAGAGCUCUUCCUCCACCAACCGUCCACCGGUUUUGCUGGUCUCCACCCGCGGCAACUUGUCAAGAUCAAGAAGAACAUCUUCGGUUUGGCCACUAGCCCGCACGAGUGGUGGGGCGAUCUCCAAGCCGGAAUCAAGGGAAUCACCCUCGACCUCAAUGGAGACGAGCACAUCUUCGACCAGUGUGCCUUGGACCCAUGUAUUUUCAUCUUGAGGAAAGUUAUCGAGGAGAAGAUGACCGGACCACCGGUCGCCUACGUCGGGACGCAUGUCGACGACCUGUUGGUCAUCGCCCCGAAGUCGGUCGGCGAUGGAGUGAAGGCCGAGCUCUCGAAAGUAUUCCCGGUCGAUUCAUGGGAGGAGGACGAGUUCGCCUACCUCGGGUCGGAGAUCAUCUGCCGAGAAGACACCGUGGUGUUCAGGCAGAAGCCCUACAUCGAGAACCGGCUCUUCUUUGUCGACAUCCCCAAGAACGUCAACGACGAUGACCUCGCUAACAGCGAGUGCCUGGCAGACAACAGGAGCCUGAUUGGAGCGCUCAGUUGGGUGUCUGCACAGUCGAGGCCGGAUCUUACCUGUUCCGUGUCAAUGGCGCAGCAGCUGCAAAAGUGUCCUACUUACGGGGACGUGAAGUUCACCAACGGGAUCUCCAAGAAGGCCAUUGAGCACUGCGAGGAGGGACUCGUCUUUCACAAGGUGAUCGACGAGCAGGCGGUGUUCCUGAUCUACCACGACGCGGCGUGGGCGAAUGCCUACGAAGGGGAGUACGACGAGCCCGAGUUCGAGCUCUACGAGGACGACAAAGCGAGUGGCCUUCAACACGAAGGUCCACCCUCCCACCGAAGCGGGAGGAAAGCGAAGCGAGGCAACUCGAGGGUGGCUUCGCAACUGGGCGAACUCGUGAUGAUUGCGGACGUGAACGCCAUCUCUGGAGGCAGUGGAUGGGGCUCCGUGCUCGACUGGAAGUCGCGUGCUGGACAACGGGUGUGCCGCAGCACCUUCAGCGCAGAGACUCAAGCCUGCGUCGAAGGACUAGAAGGAGGGCAAUAUGUGAGAGCGAUGUACGAAACCCUCGUGCAAGGCCAGCUGGUGCGAGUCGAGGAAGCGAGACUCCCGGUGGUCUGUUUGAGCGACUGCCGGUCGCUCUAUGAUCAUCUUCACCGAGAAGGAGUGCCUCGAACUCCGGCCGACCGCCGGCUCGCGAUAGACCUUGCUGCCCUACGCCAAGCGCUCCGCGAAGAACGCUGGACUGAGAAGCUUCCGAUAGCUUGGAUCCCUAGCGGGCUGCAAUUAGGAGAUAUCCUGACGAAACCCCAGGAUCCACGAGUUUGGUGGUCUACGCUCAAGCAGCCCUUGACCAUACCAUACCCAUCUCGAUAA